AGCCUCCGCUGCCGCCGCCGCUUCUCCGCCCGUUCGUCCGCCUGCGCGCUUUCUGUGCGGGGAGCUGGCGAUGCCUCCGCAGGGCGAGUCUCUUCCGCCGGUGCCCCCGCGUCGCCCCCGCGAGCAGCGGCGCCUGCGGGGCCUCGAGUGCGUCCUGCUGGGCGACGGCGCCGUCGGGAAAACCAGCCUGGCGCUCAGCUACAGCACCAACGGCUUCCCCGCGCGAUACGUCCCCACCGCCCUCGACCGCUUCUCCGCUGUGGUGCAAGUGGAUGGAGAGCCCAUCCGGCUGCAGCUGUGCGACACCGCAGGGCAGGAUGAGUUUGACAGCCUGCGGCGCCUCUGCUACCCGAAGGCGGACGUGGCCCUGCUCUGCUUUAGUGUGGUGGCUCCCACCUCCUUCCAGAACGUCUCCGAGAAGUGGCUCCCCGAGGUGCGCCGCCACCUCCCUGCCACGCCUGUCCUGCUGGUGGGCACCCAGUCAGAUCUGCGGCAAGACGUCAAGGUCCUCAUCGCCCUGUCCCGGCGCCGGGAGAAGCCUGUGUCCCCCUCGGCCGCCCGCACCCUCUCUGCCAAGGCCGGCUUGCUGGGCUACGUGGAGUGCUCAGCCCUCACCCAGCACAAUCUAAAGGAGGUCUUUGACACGGCCAUCACUGCAGGGCUGCGCCGCGCCCGCGGCCCCCCGCCCAAGCCGCAGCGACGCAGCACCGCCAGCCGCAUCCGGACCCUCUCCAAGGCCUGGUGGAGGAAGCACGCCUGUCUGUCGUAGCGCCGGGUGCGAGUCCUGAAUGGCCUGACCCCCCCCCAAUGGGUUUGCCUGCAGACUGGACCAACCGAGGAGCGUUGGCUUUCAAGAGGGGCCAGGCCGGGCCGGUCUUCCUCGCAGGGACAUCGGGCAGAAUCUUGGCAGGGCCAAACGGAUCUCCAAAUGGAUCCCAAAGAUGUUUCCUUGUCUCCCGGCCCCAAGAGGGACGUGGCUGGGCUUUCGUUUAAGGACACUCUGCAGGCACGGCUGGAGAGAGCAGGUGCUUCUGAACAGCUGCAUUUGGGUCCUAGUUGAUGCCCUUUGGGGCAUGUGGUUGGCAGCUGUGAGAACAGGAGGCUGGACCGUUGACCUGAUCUUCUCAUACUCUUGUGGAACCUCCAGCUCCAGAGGCAGUCUAUCCGGUUUCUUAAGUUCUGUGGGGGUAUCUGGCUACCGUGAGAACAGGACUUGAUGGGCCACUGACCUGAUGCAGCAGACAAGCUUCUUAAAACAUUUUCAUGGGACCUCCAGCUCCAGAGGCAGUCUAUCCGGAUUCUUCGGUUUUAUGGGGUAUUUGGCCCCUGUGAGAAUAGGAGGCUGGAGUAGAUGGGCCCCCUUUGGGCCUGAUCCAGCAGCCGGGCUCUUCUGAUGUUCUUGCGCUACCCCCCCCCCCGGGAUUUGGGACCUUCAGCUGCCAGCCCCACUGAGAAGGGCCAUAUAUUUGUAGACCCAAAUAUCUCUGGGGGGAUGGGACCAGGUUGGGGACGGAUGCUUUGGGGAGGCUGUGGCUGGAAGCUCUGCCUCCCCAUCCCCCAGAAUAAAACUUCUGCACAUGGUUUAGCUGAGAGCGAGAUGGAGUGGGGGGUUUACUUGCAGAAGUGUGAGAUGGGGUGACAUUUUUUUUUAACAACUUGAAUCUGAAAUUUUUUGUAGAGUUGGAAGAGACCCUGGUCCAACCCCCUGCAGUGCAGCAAGCACAGCAAACUUUGGUUCUUGGUUUUAGAAGGAGAAUACUUGGGGUGGGGGAAAGUUUAUGUAAAGGAAAAAUUGUGGAGUGAUUUUUACGCCAUUUGUGCCUUUCUCCUGAGACAAAACCCAGGCCUUGAAACUGCAAUGUGUGUGUGUGUGUAUUUGGUCUGACCCAGACAGCAUGGUCAGACUAGGACCAGGGUUCGAAUCCCCACUCAGCCACAAAGCUCCCUGGGUGUGACCUUGGGGGGGGGGUCAGCCACCACCUGUCUCAGCCUGACCUACCUCACAGGGUUGUUGUUGCAGGGAUUAAAUGAGGAUUGGGAGAAGCAAGUAUCCUUGGAUAGAGGGGGACAGAGAAUUAAUAAUAAACCCCAAGCUGCGCCCCCCCCCCCAAAUGCUGUGAGACAACCUGACGUCUCUUUCUGAGGCCUGUUGCUCCCCCCCCCCCCCGGAGGCAGGUGGAAAUGUGCUCCUUCAGGGGGUGGGGAAUUCCCCCACCUUCCCAGUUUCUCUUUCCAGGGCCUCGUUCCCUUUGCCUUGCAGGGAACCUGCAAAACUUUCCCUCCUUCCCCUUCAUUUCUCUUUCCAUGGAAAAAAAAAGUCCUGGGAGUUGGAAGCUGCUUUCUUUCUUUUCCGUUUCCUGUUUCUCCUGCCUCCCCCCACCUGUGUCCUUCCUGAAAAGCAGCUUUUUUUUGCUAGCUGGAAUUCUACAGUCCUCUGGCUGCAAAGGGGAGAGGGGAAGCCUGCUUUGUUGUUCUCAGUGCAAUCUCCAACCCCCCCC